AUGCGGGUGGCAAAGACUAUACAAUUACGCAGACGUCUCCUAUCGGAACACAUUUAUUUUGGUUAUCUGGAAGGACAAACACGUUCAUGCAGGCCUGCCACAAUCGCAAGCUGGGUCAAGGAAGUGCUACAGAAACUACAGCAAGUUGGUGCUCAUACUACCAUUGUCAAGGCAUACUCGACCCGAGCAGCGGCGAGUACCAAGGCUAUUGAACAAGACAUCGUGGAUAUGUUGAAAGAUUGCUUACCUACAACAAUGACCUCUGCAUCUGAUAGCCUUGGGUACCUUGUCCGUGUCUUUCCCACCUAUUCAACCGAAGUAGUUACAGAGACUUUUGACAACCAGCAACAACUUGACGAGUGA